UAAACUUUGCUCGGAGGCGUGUCGACAGAGGCUGUAGGCGAGCACAGACACUUUGUGAAAGUUAUUAAUCCACUCAUGUUGGAAGAGAUGGCUGCUAUUCGAAGGCAAAUACCAUACACAUCUAAAGCCCCAGUUAGACAAGGCAUAUAUAGCCAGGCGGUGGUGGUAGAUCGCACUGUGUAUGUGUCUGGGCAGCUGGGAAUGGACGUAGCAUCAGGGCAGUUAGUGGCUGGAGGGGUGCAGGCUCAAGCCAAACAGGCUCUUAUAAACAUGGGUGAGAUUCUGAAAGCAGCAGGAUGUGGAUAUGAAAAUGUUGUCAAAACAACUGUGCUCCUGGCAGACAUUAAUGACUUCAACAAUGUCAAUGAGGUCUACAAGCAAUUCUUCACCAGAAACUUUCCAGCCAGGGCUGCUUACCAAGUCGCUGCUCUACCCAGAGGUGGUCUUGUUGAGAUCGAAGCAGUUGCUGUAUUGGGACCCAUUACGGAUGCCUCCUGACUAACCGCCGCAAGCAUGAAUAAAUUGUAACUUUAAUUGAGGAGCCUAAAAUUCGAUCACUAACUGCCUUCAUCCUGAGAUAUACCUUCAGAUUUUGUAAACACAGAAGAAAAUACAUUCCUUUGCACUGACGAAUGGUCAUAAUAUCACAUGCCAAUUCAACCCAUUACAUGUUAGUAUUGCUGUUGGUGUUUUGAUUUGUACUUUCUGUGAGCUGACAUUAGAGGAAGUGAAUGUAGUGAUAUAGUCUAUAAUGCAGACUAAUUCAAGACUACACUUCACUUAGCAGUAUUAUUGUGCUUUUUUUCCAAAUGUUUAAUCCUCUAUCAAGCCCUGUGAUGUGUUUCUUGUUGCAUCUAAGACACUAAAAUAGGAAAGCACAUUAAAAAUCAGGACUUGCUUUAA